AUGAGCGGCGAGGGCGUGUUUAGAGAACUGGGGAGGUCACUCGCUCGUGCCAGGCAUGGCAAACUACUGCAUACCUCGUACACUGCGAAUGGUGUUCGGCCAGUACAUGAAAACUUGAUCAACCGAGCCUCAUGCAUCAUCAUCGUGACGGCAGAUGCUAACCGGAACUUGUACCAGGCAGGCUUCACCAAGCACGUCUCCAUGAUGUGCUCGAUGCUGAGGGCGAGCGGCCAGAAAAAGUCGCUCAUAGUGGUCGCUGUAAGCUCGCCCUACGACUUCGCCAUGGAUAAGUCGGUCAGUGCCUACAUCUGUACCUUUGACUUUACCGAAAUGGCCAUGGGCCGCCCUGGUACGAGUCUUGUGCGGCAAGUUCAAACCCCAGGGGACGCUGCCGGGCACCUUGAGAAAGAACGACGAGGGCACACGCCUUUGAGCUACUCAACUCCAACAUCGAGGAAGCUCACUUCGUGGUGCGCAACAGCAGCACCCAAGCCCUCUACGGCUUUUGCGCGACCUACUUCGUCAAGGCACGGCAUCAUGGGCGCGCUCUUCGUCGACUCGGCCAAGCGGAACGUCUCCAUCGGCAGAUCCUUCCAGCGCCGAGCCCUGCGUGGCCUCUCUCAGAAGCCGGGCAUCAAGAAGAUGCAGCUCGGCAUGUCCUUUCCGGGUGUCUUCCUCGGCAUUCCCGCCGAUGAUAGCGCCGGCCUCAAGCAGUGGUUUGCCAACGGCGGGUGGGACCUCCAGUUCCCGCGCCGCCUCGCCAACAUGACCAUCCCUUCCCUCAGCAAUUGGGGUGCCCCGGAGGGUCUACUCCAGAAUAUACAGCGCGCCGGCAUCAGCUUCGAUCUCAUCCACGGUCCGGACAACGCCGACAGCGUGCUCGGGCACAUCGUGGCCCACGCCAAUGCGGAGGUGAUGGAGCUAUACCGUUUCGCGCUACAAGAGAGCAAGAGCUGCGGUGUCGUCCGAGCCAAGGGCCACGGCGAGAGCCUGUUGGGCACUGUGAUCAUCUGCAGCCCCGGGAGCCCGUUGGCCGGGUUCAUCCCCCCCCUGCAGCCGUCGUCGGUGGAGGACGACGAGCCGACCGGGGGCAUCGUGGCGCCCCUUGUUGCAUCAUCGGCGCCCCAGGCGAGUCUGGUCCUCCAAGGCCUAGCGCUGAUGGGGCUGCGGCAGAAUAAGGCGCACAAGGCGCUCAGGAGCGUGCUGAGCUGGGUGCAGGACGAGGCGCAUGAGCCGUUGUUGGCCAUGGGGUUUGAGGUGGUGCAGGCUUUUGAGGAGUUUACGAACCCCCCUGAUAACUGGCAGGAUAUAGCGUAG